AUGGCUAUCGAACCUAAAAGGGCAUAUAAUAGAGCACCUACUUUUACCAGUGAGAAUUAUGGUUAUUGGAAAACUUGUAUGCGUAUCCAUGUCAACUCUGUUGAUAAGGGUGUAUGGGACGCUAUCAUCAAUGGUUCUAACAAAGUUACAAUGACCAAUGGUGUUGGCGAGUAUUAUCGUGUUUCCCAUUGUGAAAUCGCCAAAGCUAUAUGGCAUACAUUAGAAGUUUCCCAUGAGGGAACUAAUGAGGUCAAACAAGUUAGAGUCAACACAUUGAAUAAAGAGUUUGAACUCUUUCGAAUGAAGCAUGGUAAAACCAUUUUCGACAUGCAAAAGAGAUUCAGACAUCUUAUUAAUCGGUUGAAUGCUCUAGGUAAGCCUAUUUCUAAUGAUAUUGCUACUAACAAGGUUUUGAUAUGUAUUAAUAGGGAAUGA